UUCCAUAAUGAAACGAGUUUUUGAUUAAUGAGCAAAGCAUAACGUCAUAUUAUUUAUGAUUUGCAAAACGUUAACCACAUUCUAAUAGUAAGGGUUUCAUCUUUCAUAAAUGCAAAAUAACGUACGUUCCCAAAACACUAUAAAACCAUAUCCCUCCCCCAUCACGAAAACCAUCAACCAAAAACAAGAAAAAUAAAGCAAAAGUAAAAAAGAAAAACCCUAAAAAAAAAAACAAUAGAAUGGCGAAGACACUCUUCAACGUCGUCGGCUCGCUCCUCGCGGCAACACUCAUGAUCCAAACCCUAAUCCCCUCGGUCGCCGGAUACGAAAUCGUCGACCCCUUGACCGGUUACAUCUACGUUCCGGCCUCGGCCCCGCACGACAGCGAAGCAUUCUCUCCCGAUCUCUACAUCGACGGCACCGAGCCAGCGCCGAGUCCCGGCACACCGGUGGCGAGCCCGGAAUUCAUCGGACUGCUCAAGAGCUGUGUCGCGAAAUUGGACGAGCCGUGCGGAGAAGAGAUAUUCAGCCACAUGUUUGGGGACUCUACUCACGUGUCGGCGCCGUGCUGCGAGAAGCUCCUGAAGAUGGGGAUGAAAUGCCACGUGGCACUCUCCAGCAUCGUGCUUUCGACCGAUGAGUUGAAGGCAAGGAAAGCAGAAGGGAUCCCCAGGAGCAAGAAGAUUUGGAACACUUGUGUUUCCGAAGUCGGAUCCAAGAUCGGUGCUCCAGUGUCUUUGGAAAAUUAAAUGACAAGAAGAUGAUCAUAUAUAUAUAUAUGUGUGUGUGUGUUUUGUUUACUUUCUUUUUCUUGAUUAUGUAAGUCGAUUAAUUAAUGUCGACUGAUGAAAUAAAGUGUUUUUUUUU